ACGACCAGCAACACUCUGGCCCGCUGCGGGACGAUACUUGAACAUGAAUAUACAUCCAUCGCGGCAAGCAUACGUCGAGGAAGAGGAUGGCCCAGGCGAUGCUAUGGAGGGCAUUGAUCUGGCCAACAUCCCUCUCGACCGCGAUCAUGCCAUGCCCGGAGGAGGCAAUGAGAAAGCGUCCACCCUUCUCGACGAGUUUGACCGAAAACGACGAGCCGCGCAAUUGAUUGUACCAACCGCGGAUCGCGACGUCAAAGCCAAACUGCGCUCACGGGGAGAGCCCAUUACCCUUUUUGGCGAAGGGCCAGCCGAUCGACGCGACCGACUGCGAGCUCUCUUAGCUGAGGCAGCGGAGGCACAAGGCGAGGAUGCCGCAGAUGUGGAAAUGCAAGAGGCGGACGAGGCGCCUGGGGACGAGCAGGAAGAGUUCUACACCCAGGGUACACAGUCACUGCUCGACGCGCGGCGGGAUAUAGCGAGCUAUUCGCUGCCACGAGCAAAAGAACGUGUCGCAUACCAGCGUCGCGAAGCUACGAUACCACUGAAAACCCACAUCGAGUUCCGCAACAAGAUCAAAGAUCGGCUGAAAGGCUUCGAAUUGUCCGGAUCGCAAACCGCAGAUCGGCCUGUAAGCAUUGUGCGCGUCUCCCCGAAUGGCCAGUAUGUCGCAUACGGCACUUGGGGCGGAAAAGUUGCUCUCUUGGAGAUUCCUAGCCUCGAGCAGAAGAAGGCAUAUCGAGGAGGUCACACUGAACGAGCGACUGGUAUAGAUUGGAUGCCCGGCGCGACACUCCCAGGGAGUAACGUCUCCACCUCUAGCGUGAACUUUGCGUCUGGUGGAGCAGGCGGGAAGGUUCAGCUAUGGUCACUAGAUGAUGACAAGCCCUUGCGAACUCUGGAAGGCCACACCGACCGCGUCUGUCGACUGGCUUUUCACCCUUCUGGACGAUAUUUAGCGUCAGCAUCCGAUGACACAACAUGGCGUCUCUGGGACGUAAACACUGGGCAAGAGCUGCUCGCGCAAGAAGGACACUCGAAAGAGGUCUAUACCGUGAGCUUUAAUGGAGAUGGCUCGUUAGUCGCAAGUGCUGGUCUGGACAGUAUUGGUCGCGUGUGGGAUGUGCGCACCGGCCGCGUCAUCUACAUGCUUGAAAGUCACAUCAAGCCCAUCUAUGGUCUGGACUGGGCUGCCGACGGCCAUCGCCUUCUAUCAGGCUCUGGAGAUGGUUUCAUGAAGUGCUGGGAUGUCAGGGCUAUGAGAGAAACAAACUCGAUUGCUGCAAAUACCGGAGGUGUCACCGACUUACGAUGGUACCAAGGUACCGAUGGACCAACUAGCGGUGUACCGUUACAAACAAACAGCGAGGGCGAGCUCACGCCGAAGAAGGCUUCGACGUUCGUCGUCUCAUCUGGAUUCGAUAAGAACAUUCAAAUAUUCUCUGCAGACGACUGGGCGCACUGCAAGACACUACAGGGUCACUCAGGACCCGUCUUCAGUACGGAUGUGACGAGCGACGCUGCCUGGAUUGUCAGUGGAGGAAAGGAUCGAACCAUCAAGCUUUGGGCUCGUGACGACAAUGAAGGUAUAUGAGAUGCAGCUGCAGGGCGAUGAAUCGAUGACCUGAAUUACGAGAGAAUGCUGAAAUGGGGCACAAGUUUUACCUCUAAGCGAGCGAGGACAAUGAGCUUGAGAUUGAGCGUACAAGGUCAGUGCCCAUUCUCUAGUCUCACCACAACGCGGAUGAUGAACACAAACUGUCCAUAGCUUCAAACGAGAUACCCAUCAAUCUCCGCA